AUCUUCCUCAAUCCGAUUCCUUACGUCUCUCUACAAAAAUCUAUCUCCCAGGUUAUGCGAGCUGACGGCCGCCGGGGAUUCGAGAGCCCGAGUUCCUCCGCCGCUCUCGCUUUCCCUCGCUUCCGCUUCUUCCGGUACCGCCGUUUGAGGUGAGAGAGAUAGUCCGUCUUCUUCGACAACCGACCUAGCGAGCGAUUCCGAUUCCGGAAUCCCUAGAUUUCUCUCUACAGAUUGUGUUUUUGGUUUUUGCGAGUUUCUGUUCUAUAUGUCGUCGACGGGGAAGAUUAACCGGAGAGGACCGGAGCCGACGGAGAAGACUAACAACAAUCGCAAGAACCGUGUGACGGAGCGCGCGGUGUCUUUUCACGGCGGGAAAAUCGCGGAGCAGAUUGCUCCGCCGCCGCAGGCCGAGGCGAGGAUGCAGAGGCCGAAAACCUUGCCGAACUUGCUCGCUGGACGAAACAUGAAUUCGUCGAGCGUGGAGAUCCGGCCGCUCAAGCUGACGAAGCUGCUGCUCAACGUGACGGUUCAAGGCAGCGUCGGGGCCGUACAGAUGCUGGUGUCGCCGGAAUCGACGGUCGGAGAAUUGAUCGCAGCUGUAAUCCGGCAGUACAACAAGGAAGGUCGGCGGCCGGUUAUCGCGACCGAUCCCUCCCGAUUCGGCCUCCAUUACUCGCAGUUUAGCUUAGAAAGUGUUGAGGUUAAGGCUGGGAAGCCACUUAAAGUUACUCCUGAGGACGAUGUCAUCCUCCAUCUCUCCCAUGCAGCACUUGGUGAGGCAAAGAAGACCAAAGAAAGUGAGUUUGUGCCUCUUUUCAUCAAAGUAGGCGAGAAGAAGCUUGUUUUGGGAACCCUCUCUCCUGAAACCAUUCCCCAGUUGGCCUUUGAUCUUGUCUUGGAGCAGGAGUUUGAACUAUCCCACAACUGGAAGAAUGGGAGCAUCUUUUUCACUGGCUACAAGUCGGUUCUCCCUGAUGAUGGAUAUCCUUUUAUCACCUGCUGUUUUUAAGGUUUCAUGGUAGAAUGUUUAGGGUAUUGUAGCUAAUUCUGUGAAUGUAUUGGUUAUUAUCUUCAAGAAUCGUGCAUCUUUGUUGAUGUCGGACAUUGCUUCCUUGACUCUUAUUCCUGUGGGAUUUGCUUGUUUCCACUGAGGAGUUUUCUGAUUUUGGUUCUGAGGAUGAGUCAGAGGACGAAGAAGAGGAGGUCCCAGUGGUGAAGGCAGAGAACGGCAAAGUUCAGAAGGCUAAGCCUGCUGCUCCUGCUAAGGCUGCAGCUGCCAAACCCGAAGCUGCAAAACCCAAAGCUAAAGCUGCUGUUGUGCCUGCUAAGCCCGAGAAUGAGUCUGAUGAUUCAGAUGAUGAUUCCGAAGACGAUGAAGAUGAAUCUAGUGAUGAUGGAGAGGACAUGUCUGUUGAUGCUGGUGCUGAUUCAGAUGAUGAUGAAGAUGAUUCGGAUGACAGUGAAGACGAGGAGACCCCCACCCCAAAGAAGCCGGAGCAGGGUAAGAAGAGGUCCAAUGACUCUGCUGUGAAAACACCCGUCCCUGCCAAGAAGGCCAAACAGGCCACACCUGCAAAGUCUGAUGGCAAGAAGGCUGUACACACAGCUACCCCUCACCCUGCCAAGAAUGUCGCAAAGACUGCAGGUAGUGCUGCGAAGACUCCGAAAUCAGGUGGCGAGUUCUCUUGCAAGUCCUGUGACAGGUCAUUUGGAACCGACGGUGCUCUCCAGUCUCAUGCCAAGGCCAAGCACACUGCCAAGUAAAAGAUGGUUAAGGGGUAUUAGUUACUAAAGGGUCAGGGAUGGUAAAUGAGAGGUUUUUGUUCGUGGGAGAGAACUUGUGGGAAUGGAUGGAUGGAUGUAUGCGAAAGUGAUUUUGGGUAUUUGUUGGCUGGCACAGCAUUUGCGGAUGUUAAAACAAGUUUUUGUUUCUGAUGCAUUGAGUAUUAGGUUCACUUAAUUCAUGUUUGCGUCGUAAGUUGUUGUCUUCCUUCUAUCUUAUCCUGCUCUAUGAUCACCAUGUUUGUAGCAGAUUGCCAAACUUAGUCUUUCACUAGGAUAAGUUUAUGAGA